AUGGUUUGUGCAUUUGAAUUGGAAGGUGAAACUUCAACAAAAUUAAAAAAUUUACCAUGGGGACCUUUAUAUUGUGUUUUGCAGCAAGAUGAAUCAACAUUUACAGCAUAUUGCAGUGAAGAGAUCUCGAUUUUCCCUGCAACACCGAAUAAAGAAAAAGAGCUGGCCGACAUUCUAUUUACUGAAUGUCCAAGAGUAAGAUUAGAUCGUAUACGUAAACCAAAUAAAGUAAUAUGGAAUGGACCACCAACAUUAGAAGAAGAACCAGAAGAAUAUGAUGAAUAUCCAAUGGAUAUUGGAAUGAAUACAACAUUAGGUGAAUUAGGUGAGUCAAAAUCAAAAACAUUACCUCGAAUACAUUUCGAUUCAAGUAUUAAUGAUAAAAGUGAUAAUGAAGGUGAGUUUCAAUUCAUUACGAAUAUUGACGGGAAACAAGGUAUUUUUUUUUUACAAAUACAAUUUUUAAAUUCAUCAUUAUAUUUUAAGAUUAUUGUGUGAAUAUAAAAAUAUAAUAAUUCAUUUUUUUAAUAUAUUUUAUAUUGAAAUUAUGGCAAAAUUCAAAGCAGCUUUUCUUAUCUUAAAGUGUGCGUUUUAAGUGUUUAGAGUUCAUGCAUAUUCUCAACAGAAAUCUUGAAUUAAUUCAUUUUAAAAUUA